AUGUCGUUUUGUUCUUCAUCCCUGAAAAACACAGUUUCUGUAUCCAAUGGAUCAGAUCAAAGAGGUCAUAAUCAUCUUCCUUCCGGCGAAAUCCAUGUAAUUUUUGGCCCUAUGUUUGCCGGUAAAACUACUGCUCUUCUUCGCCGCGUCAAUUCUGAAUCCAAACUGGGCAGAAAUGUGGUGAUGAUCAAGUCAAACAAAGAUACGAGGUAUGCAGUAGAUGCAGUGGUGACACAUGAUGGGAUGAAAUUUCCAUGUUGGUCAUUGCCUGAUCUAUCAUCUUUCAAACAUAGAUUUGGUCCAGAUGCAUAUGAAAAGGUUGAUGUGAUUGGCAUUGAUGAAGCUCAGUUUUUCGAAGACCUUUAUGAUUUCUGCUGCAAUGCUGCUGAUAUUGAUGGGAAGAUUGUAAUUGUUGCUGGCCUAGACGGUGAUUACUUGAGGAGGAAAUUUGGCUCAGUCCUUGAUAUUAUUCCAAUUGCAGAUACAGUUACAAAGUUAACAGCAAGAUGUGAAUUAUGUGGCAAACGCGCAUUUUUUACCUUGAGAAAAACCGAUGAAAUGCAGAAGGAGCUUAUAGGUGGUGCUAAUAUGUACUUGCCUGUCUGUCGACAACACUAUGUCAAUGGAAAAUCCAUCAUGGUAUCCGUGAAAAAGGUCCUCGAAUCUCAUCAAAUGGAGGUUGAACUAGUUACAGAGAAACCACUAGUUGCUUAG